AAUUUUUUUCACUAGAGUUUCUCACUUUUUCAAAACUUUCUCAUCUGUUGAAUCUUUUCUUCACAUUUUUGCAAUGGCUUCUUACUCUGUUGUGUUGAUGCUAGUAGCUACAUUGUUGGUGAGUUCCAUCGUUGCUCAGUCUCCAUCGUCACCUCCGGCUAAAUCGCCAGUUGCCACUCCUCCAGUCCCUCAGAAGAGCGCUCCAUCUCCUUCACCAUCCACUGCCACCGCUCCUGCUGUUACUCCAUCACCGAUCUCUAAUCCUCCAUCUGAAGCACCAUCGCCGUCCGAAAACAGCGCCACCUUGAACAGAUUCACCGUCGCUGGAUCUGCGGCUGUCGUGAUUUUCGCUGCUGCUUUCAUGAUGUAGAGAGUUACUCUUACAUUUUAGUUUAACUUAUUAUUGUUUUUAAUCAGAAAUUUAGAUUGAUCUUGAAAUUUUUACCUCAUUUUCUUUUGUUUCUGUGUGAUGAUGAUUCAUUAGAUUCGAUCUUUUUCUGUAAUCUAUUUAUUAUUUAAAUAAUUAAUACCAUUAGUUCUUUUCAA